AUGGACCGUCGUCUCCGUACAGGCACGGAAUAUCCCAGCUCGGACUGUCCGGCGCGCCUGAAAUCCAAAGCCCGGAUGAUCAACUCCGUCUCCGCUCUGGUCGACAUAGCCAGCCGCCUCUCCAAGAAGCUCAAGGCUAAGCCGAGGAGCGCUAAUAACUCGAAAAUCGUCCCCAAGUCAUCGCCGAUGAGGAAGCCGAAGCAGCUGAUGUCGACCAUAAGCAACAAGGCGAUCACGUUCCUGCACAGGAAAAAGAUUGGCGAGGAAUCGGAGGGCGCUCACCUCGAGGAUAAGGAGGAAGAGUGGGGGAACGGCGGGGUCUGGCAGAGGUCUAUCCUGAUGGGGGACAAGUGCGAGCCGUUGGAUUUUUCGGGCGCUAUUUAUUAUGAUAGUCACGGGAACCAGCUGAACGGAGCACCUCUCCGGUCCCCACGUGCGAGUCCCUUGCCUGGGUACCUCGAGAGGGCCGCUCAUAAGAGAAACUGA